GGUACGUUUGACGGAGUCUAAGGUGCGUGAAAUUUUUAACAUUCAUCGUUACAGAAAUUUCAGACAGAUUAUAUAUAACGGUAAUUUCCCGAAUUUCUAGAAAAUUCAUAUACAUCAAUAGAAAUGGUAAAUAAAAAAUAAUUAAAAGUUUUUUUAAUAUCAUCCUGCCAUAGCUUCUCAAGAGAAGAGAAUUAAUAAAAAUCAGUUGUGGAAUAUUAAAACCUAAUGAAGAAGAUAUGGCUUUAGAAGGAACCCGUAUAUUUUUAGUUCCCAUUUUGUGGCUUGCUUUUUCAAUUGUUUUAUGCGUACAACUUUUAAAGCAAGAAGAUUAUGAUGACAAUUGGAUAUUUAUUUUGUCGGCUGUUUUGUGGUUCCUGGUUACAUUUGCGGUACAGACAUUUAUCGCCUGGCAUUCUUGUAAUUACGAAUCAAAGCCGUACAAAUUAACAUGGAUAAAUGUCCCAGGUUUAUGCUUCAUCAUCUGUAUGAUUGGUCCAUACUGUUUUGCUUUGAAUAAAAUGACAAAUGACAUCAAAAAGAAUGAAGAUGUUCCUGAUUGGGAUUUCGCUAUUCUGCAAACAGUUAUGCCAGUUCUGGUAAUGACCAAUCUAAUAUAUCCUCUACCAGUACGUGAAAAAAAAAACAAAGCUGCUGGUACAGCCAGUGUUAUGAUUGGUUUCUUGAAUGCGUUUGAUAUCUCAGACGUCAUUACAGAUUACAAAUAUAUUCAACACUACAAUACUGCAACUGAAGUUUGGUUUUUUGUCUCUAUUGUAAUAUCAAUCAUAUUACUCGCCUUUCCAAUUGGUUUGGAUGAAGAGGACGAAGAUGAUCCCAGAGAUGGCAGAAUUUUAAAAUCUAUAGUUUCUUUGAUCUUUACGGAUGUUUCAUUUUGUGUUUUGAGAAGCAUCGUAAUGCAUAAAGAAAAUUCGUUAGCAAUGGGUUUAGUUUUUGCAUACAAAAAUGCAAUUUCAGCAUGUAUAAGUAUUUAUUUAAUAUCUAAGGAGUGCUGUUGCUCAAGUGAGUCAUCAAAAAGUGAUUCUAGCUGCUAAUUAAGGAUAUGAAGAAAAUUGUCAAUCUUUCUACUACUGUAUGAGAUUUAUUUUACAUCAUGAGCCUGUCACAAGCUCUGCAUCAAGUCCUUUCACGCAAUUUGGUCAAAAUCGAUACAAAGCCAACUUUGUAUUGCUGGUAUUAACUCCUCACAUUCUACUUUGCAUUUAUUUUAGCGUAAAUUUGAUGCAUUAAAUCCAAUUCAGUUAGAAAAAGAAAACACCCACCUAAAGUUUUAAUGAGGUUUUUAUUUUUCGUAGAAAAAUGCAAUGCGAUGUAUUCGACAACGAUCUUUGUAUUUCUUUAAAAAUAAAUUUCCCAAGGAAUUCUUUGUAUCUAUAUUCUUUUAUUCUGAGAAAUAUUUUUAGUUUUCCAGGAAUUCUUGUGUAUAUUUAUUUACAACCACUUGCGAAACGUAGUAAUGGAAAAAGUGAGGCUAGAGCACAAGUUUCUCGAUAAACAUGUUUUUUAAGUCGGUAUCCCGUGGAUAUAUCGUAUAUUUCGUGUUUCCAUAGCACAACCUUUUUCUCACGCACAAACAGGCAGACGGAAUACUGCUAUUAUUUAAAGAGACUAGCCUGAAGAGCCAACGUCGAACGACGGU